AUGCAUUCCUCGACUGCCACUGAAACCCACGCUUCAGCUCCGCGCGGCAGAAAGGGCCAUAAAGGUCGUGGAGGGCAGCGAGGCACUCAGCGCGAGAAGGCGGCACCGAGGGCAGCCACCGACCAAGCUCAGGGAGAGGGAGUCAAUCCAUCGGAAUCUGUACAAACAGUCGCCAGCAAUGUAACAGAUGAUGCCGGUGCAGAGGGCGACAUCUGUUUUAUUUGUGCUGAGCCUGUCAAGUACUGGUCUCUGUCUGAGUGCAAUCACCGGACCUGCCAUGUCUGUGCAUUGAGGCUCAGAGCGCUCUAUCAGAAACAUGAAUGUACAUUCUGUAAGGCACCGCAAACCUCCGUCAUCUUCACGAAAUCGCCGGAUGCGUUAUGGUCAUCAUAUACGCCCGACAUGAUCCCAUACAAGGAUCCCAAGCUGUCGAUAUUCUUUGAGACACAGGAGAUGAUGGAGGAGACGCUUAUCCUUCUUCGAUUCAACUGCCCUGACCCUGAUUGCGACUACGUCGGCAAUGGCUGGUCGGACUUGAAGCUCCAUACCCAUGCCGUUCAUGGAAAAGUCAUGUGUGAUCUUUGCAUACGUUUCAAGAAGAUAUUUACCCAUGAGCAUGCGUUGUAUACCCCUGCCGAGCUGCUGAUCCAUCUGCCAUCUAUGCAACGGGGCCAUGUGCAUAAUUCCGGGACCAAGCAGCAAAUAGAAGGCGGCGUACACCCUCUAUGUGAAUUCUGCAGAGAAUGCUUCUUUGGGGACGACGAGCUCUACGCACACAUGAGGGAACGGCAUGAAGAAUGUUUCAUAUGCAAGCGUAACGAAAUCAGAGAUCAGUACUUCCGCAACUACGGUGCAUUAGAACAGCACUUCAUACACGCACAUCACCGAUGUACUCAUCCCCAGUGUCUUGCACAGAAGUUUGUAGUGUUUGGCUCCGCGCUGGAUCUCAAGGCGCACAUGGUGGAGGAACAUGGAGCGCAAAUGUCCUCAAGGGACAGGAAAGAUGCCAGACACAUCGAAGUAGACUUCGAGUUCGAGGAAGCGGGCAUGGGAAACAGAUGGGGAAGACGAGACAGGCGGGAUCGGGAGCGCGAACGGGAGCCACCGCCGUCUGCUCCGACUCCUCCAGGCCCCUCACGACCUAACGGAGCAGGGGGUCGAAGAAGGGAGGCAUUUGGCGGUAAUCUAACCACUGAUGAAGGGAGCUCUGGUGCUGUCGCCAACCUCAGCCUGCAAGCAAGCGGACGCCAGUCACGUUCUCCGCCGUCGCCGAAGAGCGGUGCUCUGGUUUCCCGGAUCAAUGCCUUGGCACUGCACCCAGUGACUGCCCUCCCUGCCAUUCAAGCGGCGGUUCGUUCGUAUCGAGUCUCGGAAUCCGCCGCUCGGGACCUCAUAUCUACAAUAUGGAACAUCUUGGAUCGCGAUCUUGACGGAACGGCGAGCAUAAUCAAUGUGCUUGUCGAUCUUAUUGACGAAGAAGAUAAGAAUCGGGAGCUGCUGACAGCCUGGAACAAUUUCAAGAUCGAGCAACGCGCUCAAUUCCCCGAACUCGUGCCGACGGCCACAGGAUCUGGAUGGUCCGGCGUGGCGAGUGGACGCGUCUUGAACGUUAAGCACUCCACUGCAACGCGCUCUUCCUCACAAUCAAGCCGACAACUCUGGGAUCGUGUCGCUCGAGCAGCGGGGUCUUCGUCGUCGCCGGCUCCUUCCACCUCAGCACACCCGCCUCGUCCUUCUCAGGCAUUCCCUCCUUUGCAACCUUCCGCGCCAGCACCUUCUGCCACACCGUUCCGUCAACCACAGCGUCAGACGCCUUGGACGUCAUCUGCUGCUGCUGCCCCCGUUGUUAGGGGCCCGACCUCUAUCCCUGGUCCUGGCGCAAAUGUGAGGGCAAAAGCGGCCCCGGUGUUAUCCAAAUCUGCAUUCCCGGAGCUUCCUGGUGCUAAGACGCAGCGACCACCGAGAGCAGCGAUCGGCAGCAACCAAUCCUUGAAAAGAAUUCUCGGCGAGUCAACUCCGGCAGUACCUGCGUGGGGUACGGAUGGUCAGAACGGAAGCACAGGCGCAGGCGGUUCUGGCACGGCUGCGCCAGUAGAAGGUCCUGCUGGCAUCGAAUCUGCAUCUCCACAGCCUACUGGAGGCAAGGGUAAGAAGGGCAAGGGCAAACAGAAGCAGACUCUGUUCACGUUGGGGUCGUUCCCUACAUGA